AUGUUUGUCCAUGGGUACCCUGAAUUAGUCGAAAAGAACCAGGUCUCAACACAAACUCUGUUAACCGUCACUGAGAAACGCGGUAUGGACGCAAUCAAAGAACAUCUUCAAGUAGAUGAGCUGUAUGCUUUGCAGCUCAGUGCCUUGGUGGAUGCAUGCAUCCCUAUAAUGCGCCGCAAGCUGAAAGAUGAUGCUUGCACAAAUGUCGAUGGCUACUUCUGCCUUGGGCACAAGGACUUCGCAAAGGCAAAAAAAUUGAUGGAAAAGCUUGUUUACAUUUACAUGAUGAAGUUUGAUGUCAGCAAUAAUGCCACGCCCAUCAGGAACAGGCCCUACCAGGGUGAACUCCUCAUAUUGUUGAUAUCUAACCAGCUCUUUCAUAGCUUAAGGGCCAUUGGUGUGAAAUUCGCGUCACACUUUGUUGAAAUCGCCAAGAACAAGUUGAAGCAUCCCAAAAUUCCGAUACCUUUGCUCACACUGGUGGCAACAGCAGUAUUGUACUUGUCUUUACUCUGUUUAUUCCGCUCUUUUGUGGAAGUUGCUUGGUUCACCAGGGAAGUUCAACUUCUCGGGAAACCAAUUCAGCAAAGUUUACAGCUACCAUGUCAACUCUCCACUUCCUUCCAAUGCACUCUUCAGCUGGAAGCACAAGAAUGGUCGCCGGCCUUUGACCAGGUCUGA